AUGAGCCCGUUGCAACACUUCAAAACUGAGAAUGUAGCAGAACAUAUAAAUGCUGGCAAUUCCACUAAUGGAGAUGUGAACUUUGCAGGUUCCUCAGGCUUAGCAGUAGAUAAUCCAGAGUUUGUUUGCAAACUCAACAAGUCACUUUAUGGGCUGAAACAAGCCAGUAGGCAAUUUUAUGUAGAUGAAAUUGUGGUGACAGGAACUGACACAAUGGAGAUUGAGGAAUUAAAAACUUUUCUGAAUGACAGCUUCAAGAUAAAAGAUUUGGGUAGGUUGCACUAUUUUCUGGGACUAGAAGUUCUUUACAAAGGUGAUGGUGUGAUAAUAUCUAAGAGGAAGUUCACCCUUGACUUGCUCAAAGAAUAUCAAUGUAUGGAUCAUAACAGCUUUGCUUCACCACUAGAUCCAACAAUCAAACUCCGUGCAAAGGAAGGAGAUAAUCUGAGCCAGUUCAUGGAUGACCCUAGACAACCUCACUUGAAAGUAGCUUUUCAUCUUCUCAGAUAUUUGAAGGCGGACCCAACUCUGGGGAUUUUCCUAUCCAAGGAUGCAGACUAUACUAUCAAGGCCUACUGUGAUUCUGACUGGGUUGCAUGCCCAGAUUUUCGAAAAUCUCUGAGUGGGUACCUUGUACUUUUAGGGAAUAACCCUAUCAGCUGGAAAUCGAAGAAACAAGACACCAUUUCAUUAUCCUCUGCAGAAGUUGAGUAUAAAGCUCUAAGGAAGGUAGUGCGGGAAUUAGUGUGGCUUGGUAGGCUGUUUAAGGAGCUCACAACUCCUUUUCCUAAACCCAUUACAGUAUUUUAUGAUGGCCAAUCUACCAUGCAUAUAGCAAGAAACCCACUGUUCCAUGAAAGAACCAAACGCAUAGAGGUGGAUUGUCACUUUGUUAGAAGCAAGCUACAAGAAGGUAUUUCAUUGCAACAUGUGGGAACUUGCAGAUAUUUUAACUAA